AUGCAUUCAUUAAUUACAGAAGAAUUUGCUCAACUUGAAAGAAAGCAGAAUUGUGAUAAGUGUCAUGAGAAGAAAAGGGCCUGUAAGGGAAAUACUAUUCCUUGCAAUGGUUGUGAAAAACUGGGGGUCCCUUGUACUUUUUUAAGGCCCAAACUCAAAGUUGGACGUCCCAAGUCUAAACAGAUUUUGCAAUUUGAUGGAAUUAGCACUCAUAUGAGAAAGAGGAAGUAUAGCAGAAAAGGAUGUUAUACAUGUAAAAUGAAAAAGCGGAAAUGUGAUGAGAUCUUCCCUCAAUGUGGAUCUUGCCAAAGAUUAAAUAUUGAAUGCAAAAGACCUGGCAUGGAUAAUUUUCCCCAAGCUCAAGUUAAUCGAACGAUCUCAGAUGACUCGAUAGAAUCUUCUUGGGAAAUGCUGCUAGAUUAUGAUAGCUUGUUACCUUUGAUGGACUCUACCUCGGGUCAAUCUUUUAAUAGAAGGGAUAAGAUGAUGUUAAGCUGUUUGAUGAAAUCACCCCCAUCUAUAUCACUGGCUUCUCAACCCCUUGAUCCAAUCACCUGUCCCUCGGUUCAUGGAAUGAAAAAUAUGUCACCUUGUAUGAGUGAUCUGUCCGAAGAAUUGGACUCUAAGCAUUAUGAAGAGACUAGAAUAAACUUAAUUCGGGUUUGUGAAACUAAUAAUAAUUGCUUACCAUGGAAAGAAGUUGAACUUUUAAAAUAUUUUAUUAGGAAUGUUUCUUUCCUUCUCUUUGUUGAUAAAACAACCGAUAAAUUCCUUUCCACUGUAAUUCCACUUUGUUUAGAGGAUCAUAGAGUUAGAUACCCUGUAAUUGCCAUUGCAGCCUCGAAUAAAGCAAACAGCUAUGAUUUUAGUAACGAAAGCAAAAGAGAUAAAGUCUUUUAUAGAGCAAAAGCUCAAGCUAACAUAAUUUUAGAAUCAGCCGACUCAGGCUCUCAAAAUUUAUUGCUUGGUAUAUUACUAGUAUGUGUUUUGGAGAUUCUUGAAGGAGAUUCAUUGUUUUGGAGUAUAGCUUUAGAAAAAGCCACUCAGUUUAUACAACUUAACGAGGGUUUUGGUGCAUUAUCUAGAGCAUCACCCUUAAUAUUUCAACUAUUCUGUUACCUUGAUAUGAUUUCUAGUUUGAGCACUUGCUCGAUUCCUCAUGCCAAUACUUUGCAAAAUAGUUCGAAUCAGCUAGCCUGGUUUGAGGAUGAUCAAAUUUCCAACUCAUUUAAAAGUAAGUUUGGAUUUAAGUUUGGUAUUGCCGGUGAGCUACUAAAGAUUAUUGGUAAUAUUUCUACCUUAUCAAGUAUGAGAGAAGCCAGGUAUACUUCAGUCGAAAAAGAUAAGCAGUUUAACCUGUUGGCGAACAUAAUAGAAAUGAAGUUACAAAUCUGGACACCACCCAUGGGGAGAUUGGCAAACGAAAUCGAAACUGAUAAAGACUCAAGUUUAGUUCUUUCUUCUUUCACCUUGGCUUUCCAAUGGGCGGCUUUCUUACGACUUCAUCAGGUUAGGUAUGGUUAUGAUAGAAGAAACUCGCGUAUUGAAGCAUGUGUUUCAAUUAUUUUACGGUCAAUUAAAGUUAUUGAUAUGAACUCUGAUCUUGAAUUACUGAUGAUGUUUCCAUUGGUGAUGGCGGGGUCCGUUGCGGUUGAACAAGAAGACAGAGACUAUAUAAUGACCAGAAUUCAAAACAUAAAGCAUCGCUUGAGAUUUAAUUAUAUUUCAGAGUUUGAGAAAUUGCUUUUACAAGUUUGGAGCAGUGACAAGACCGAGGGAGAUUCGGUAAAUUGGGCAAAGAUAAGAUUCUUCCAAUUUCCUGGUCUUGUAAUGUUCUGACUUGUAAUCUGAAAAGCAUCGGACAUUCUGCUUGAUAAUCUCUCUUUCUAUGAACACUUCCCUUUAAUAUAUACGUAUAAGCUUAAAAGUCGGC